CUCUCUUCCUGUAUUCAUCACGCUUUUGCUCGUCUCCCCUCGUCUGAAACAAGUCCCAUUUUUUGUCCCAGUCUAGUCUGCCAUCUAUCCAUCGUCUGUGCAACCUCAAUAAGUAUUGCCUUGCAUCUGUCGCACGACGGGGAUCCUGGUACCGCCGAUUCUCCUUCCUUGUAUGCCAUCAGGCAGUCCAUCGCCUUCUGACUCCGCCGGUUGAGAGCUCCCCCGGCGCAUAGCGAUCCGAGACCUGCUCGCGACUCGCUAUGUGCUGGUGUUUUCCUUUUGGCCUUUCAAACAAGCAGAAGCCAAAGUCCACCUCGUCGACUGAGAAAAAGCCGAGGAGGCCACCCUCGAAUCCCCUCCGUGGAGAUGGCGUGCCGGUCGCCGCCGAAUACCACGAGAAGCGUAGAUCAAGAGAGACAACCAGGUCGAAAAGAUCAAAGGAGUCUGUGACGCCUACCCCAUCGCGACGGGAAUAUGUCGAGCGCCGCGCGCGGCGCGAACCCCAGCAGCGCAACACCCACAGAGCCAGAGUACAGAACCGACCGGCUUUGAACGUACAAGUGCCCAACAUGUGGCAUCGAACUGUGCAUCCCGGAAGUAGUCACUCGUCCCAAGAGACUCUACUAAACCCUCGACCGCACCGAAGCCCCCAUGAGAGGCAGCGCCACCCGAAGCACACUUCGCAAGGCACGCUGAGAGGUCGCGGCGCAAAACGGGAUCCACCCCGACAUUCAAACUCCAAAAGGGACAUGCGCCAGGACACCUCCGCUCAAGCAUGGUCCUUAUUCGCAUCACCCCCGCCCAAGGCAGGGUCACGUGGCGCUCGCCAUUAUCAAACAGUGGACUCUGCACCACCAAGGCAUCGUGCCUCCAGAGCGUAUCCUCCACCCACCAACCAUACCGAUGCUCCCCAGCCUUCUCAAUCCCACAAUCGCCACCAUCGUACAUCAGGUCAGCACGAACGACAGCCUUCUAGCAGACGCUCAGCUCGGUCGCGCACGCCGAACAUGGCCGCCCACCGAACGCCUGAUCGCCGGUUCGCCGUUCUUGCCGCAACAAAUCAGGCUCUUGAAGAUCUGCGGCGUGAAGCUUUUGCGCAUCCGUCUCCGCCGCCGAGGAGGGAACGCGUGCAACAGUACCACGGCUUUGCUAUUCCGACAUCUACCAUCCCGUUCAACUGGGAUUGUGUGAGCAGUUCCCAAACCUCUGGUGGCUAUGGGGAACCAAGCACGACCCGUCGGCGGUCAAGACGUUGACGGCUCAUGUUAUUUCCAUGGGAUGCUGUUGGUCUUACACCUCGCGACUUGCUGUCAAGUGCUCAAAUAGCAGAUUACGCCCCGGUGAGGCUGAGGAUUCGUCCAGUCUCGAGGCGUGCGAUUGGUCCGCAAUUUCUUCCUUACUCUCCAGGGUCG